UCUAUUCUCUAAUACAUGGCGAUGCUAUUAUAUUUUCUUUCAAAAAGUUUAAAUUAUUUCAAAAAUAAAAUAAUUUUUUAAAUUCUUCAAAAAAAUAAAAUAAAAUAAAAUAAAAUCCUAAAUGCGUAUAAUAUGGGGAAAAAAUAAAUAUAAAGCUGAAUAUAUAACCUAAUCGCCCUAAUCUCUGUCGUCCGACUCCACACAGUGACAGCCGCAUUUCUCUCUCUCGUCAAACACAACCUGCCCUGCUGAAAUACUCUAGCUUCUACAAUGAACCUCUCCUCCCUCACAACUCUGGACUCCAAUCUACUCUCCACCCCUCGAUGCAGGGCCUUCAAAGCCCACUUUCGGACCCAUGUUUCUCGUCCUAGAAACAUCGUUGUCUGCUCCUUCAACCCCCCGGCAGCUUCAUCACUCAGUGUUGCUGAGUCCGCUACCCAUAAGUCUAGUCGAAUUGACUCAUUGAGUCAGGUCUCUGGUGUGUUAGGCUGCCAGUGGGGUGACGAAGGUAAAGGCAAACUAGUCGACAUCUUGGCCCAACACUUCGAUAUAGUUGCUCGUUGUCAGGGUGGAGCUAAUGCUGGACAUACCAUCUACAAUGCAGAGGGAAAGAAAUUUGCUCUUCACCUUGUGCCUUCUGGUAUUUUGAAUGAGGAAACUAUGUGUGUUAUUGGAAAUGGAGUUGUGAUCCAUCUUCCUGGGUUUUUCAAAGAGAUUGAUGGACUUGAAUCGAAUGGAGUCUCCUGCGAUGGAAGGAUAUUGGUUUCUGAUCGUGCCCACCUGCUAUUUGAUUUCCAUCAAGAGGUAGAUGGGCUUAGAGAAGCUGAGCUUGCCAAGUCUUUUAUUGGAACUACAAGGAGAGGGAUUGGACCUUGUUACUCCAGCAAAGCUAUACGAAAUGGCAUUAGAGUAGGUGACCUGAGGCACAUGGAUACUUUCCCUCAGAAGCUUGAUGUUUUGUUAUCAGAUGCUGCAUCAAGAUUUCGAGAUUUUAAAUACAGCCCAGAAAUGCUCAAACAAGAGGUUGAGAAAUACAAGAGGUAUGCUGAGAGGUUGGAACCCUUUAUUGUUGAUUCUGUGCAUGUAAUGAACGAAGCAAUCUUAGAGAAGAAGAAGAUUUUGGUCGAAGGUGGUCAGGCAACCAUGCUGGAUAUCGACUUUGGAACAUACCCUUUUGUAACUUCUUCUAGCCCAUCAGCUGGUGGAAUUUGCACCGGUCUUGGAAUUGCACCAAGAGUUGUAGGUGAUCUUAUUGGAGUGGUAAAAGCCUACACUACUAGAGUUGGCUCUGGUCCAUUCCCUACCGAAAUCUUGGGUCAAGGGGGUGACCUUCUUAGGUUUGCCGGGCAGGAGUUUGGCACAACUACUGGGCGUCCUCGCCGUUGUGGUUGGCUUGACAUAGUUGCUCUCAAGUAUUGCUGUCAGAUUAAUGGUUUUUCCUCACUGAAUCUCACCAAACUUGAUGUGUUAUCCGAUCUUCCCGAAAUUCAAUUGGGGGUCACAUACAAACUAGCUGAUGGCACACCAAUCAAAUCGUUCCCAUCCGACCUUCGUCUCCUCGAGCAAUUGAAGGUGGAGUAUGAAGUAAUGCCUGGAUGGAACACUGAUAUAUCUUCUGUAAGAAACUAUUCUGAUCUGCCAAAGGCUGCUCGUGAAUACGUGGAGAGAAUAGAAGAACUUGUGGGCAUUCCAGUUCAUUAUAUUGGUGUUGGGCCAGGACGAGAUGCCCUCAUAUUCAAAUAAUUUUACAAAUAUUUCUCUUGUAAUUGCUAGAUGAUAUGUUGUUGUACUUGUUCCAUUAGAGAGAACUUGAGGUUUGGAGAUUUUUAUCCCUAUCAAUUAAGGGAUGGUUUUGGAUAUAACUAAAAUUUGGCUAAGAAAUUUCUUGGUCUUAAUAAUACCAACUCGAGGCAACUCUUUGAUGUUCCA